AUGUGCUCGUUAGCGUCGGGCGCUGCGGGCGGCCGGGGUGCUAUGGAGGACGAAGACGACCUGCCAGAGCUGUCCGACAGCGGUGACGAGGCCGCUUGGGAGGAUGAGGACGAUGCUGAUCUCCCCCACGACAAGCAGCAGACCCCCUGUCUGUUCUGUGACAGGUUAUUUACAUCUGCUGAAGAAACAUUUUCACAUUGUAAGUCUGAGCAUCAAUUUAAUAUUGAUAACAUGGUCCAUAAACAUGGACUGGAAUUUUAUGGCUACAUUAAACUAAUAAAUUUUAUUAGACUUAAGAAUCCUACAGUUGAGUAUAUGAAUUCCAUAUACAACCCAGUGCCUUGGGAGAAAGAAGAGUAUUUGAAGCCAGUAUUAGAAGAUGACCUAUUACUUCAAUUUGACGUAGAAGAUCUUUAUGAACCGGUGUCACUCCCAUUCUCAUACCCCAAUGGACUCAGUGAAAAUACAUCUGUUGUUGAAAAAUUGAAACAUAUGGAAGCCAGAGCACUGUCUGCUGAAGCUGCAUUAGCUAGAGCACGUGAGGAUCUGCAAAGAAUGAAACAAUUUGCUCAGGAUUUUGUGAUGAACGCAGAUGUCAGAACCUGCUCGUCAUCUACUACUGCCAUUGCAGACCUCCAGGAAGAUGAGGAUGGUGUUUAUUUCAGCUCAUACGGGCAUUAUGGGAUACAUGAAGAAAUGCUAAAGGACAAAGUGCGAACAGAAAGUUACCGAGAUUUUAUAUACCAAAAUCCACAUAUCUUCAAAGACAAGGUAGUUUUGGAUGUUGGUUGUGGAACUGGAAUUCUCUCUAUGUUUGCAGCUAAAGCUGGGGCAAAGAAGGUUCUUGGAGUUGAUCAAUCUGAAAUACUUUACCAGGCAAUGGAUAUCAUAAGACUAAAUAAACUUGAAGAUACUGUUAUACUAAUUAAAGGAAAGAUUGAAGAAGUUUGCCUUCCUGUAGAAAAAGUGGAUGUUAUUAUAUCUGAGUGGAUGGGCUAUUUUCUUCUUUUUGAGUCUAUGUUAGAUUCUGUCCUUUAUGCAAAGAACAAAUACUUGGCAAAAGGAGGAUCGGUGUACCCUGAUAUUUGCACUAUUAGCCUUGUGGCAGUAAGUGAUAUGAAUAAACAUGCUGAUAGAAUUGCUUUCUGGGAUAAUGUUUAUGGCUUCAACAUGUCCUGUAUGAAGAAAGCAGUUAUUCCAGAAGCUGUUGUGGAAGUUUUAGAUCCAAUGACUAUUAUUUCCGAUGCUUGUAGUAUUAAGCAAAUAGAUUGCCAUACAACCUCUGUCUCAGCUUUGGAGUUUUCUUCGGAUUUUACCCUGAAAAUUACAAAGACAUCCAUGUGCACGGCAAUUGCUGGCUACUUCGAUAUAUAUUUUGAGAAGAAUUGUCACAGGAGGGUUGUGUUCUCCACGGGCCCCCAGAGUGCCAAAACACACUGGAAACAAACAGUAUUUCUACUGGAAAAUCCAUUUUCAGUGAAAGCAGGUGAAGCCUUGAAAGGAAAGAUCACAGUCCACAAGAAUAAGAAAGAUCCACGUUCUCUCAUUGUGACCCUCACAUUGAAUAAUUCAACUCAAACUUACGGUCUCCAGUGA